CAGGCAAAAGGCGGCCGCGACGGCAGCAGCGUCGGUAUUUCUUAUCGCCACGUUCUCCUGCACUUUCUCUCUGGUCUGGUUCAUAGCUGCCGGCCGGAGAGAGAUCGAGGGGCGAGAGCGCGUAGUCAGCGCAGUUGCCUCGGACGGCGAGACCUGCCUGGAAGGCCCUCCUCUUUGACGAAACGCUCUCCGCCACACUGCAGGCAAGGAUGAAGUGGGCCACCUCCUUGGGCCUGUUCCUGACCCUGCUGGUCGUCGGAACAAACUCCGCGACGACAACGACGAGAGCGCCCACGGCUCCUAUACAGGAUAGCGGCCAGUUAGUGGUCUGCUACUGGAACAGCUGGUCCUACUACAGGAAGGGCAAAGGAAAGAGCCUCGUGCAGAAGCUCGACACACGGCCAUGCACGCACCUCGUCUACAACACGGUUGGUAUCCGCGGCGCCGAGGUCGUCUCGGCAGACCCUUGGAACGACUACUCGGACAGCGGAGGAAACGGCAACUUGCGGCGGUUCGCCAACCUGAAGAAGCGCAACGGCGUGCCCAAGCUGCUCGUGGCGGUGGGCGGCCAGAGCCUCGGCUCGGUGCCCUUCAGCAAGGUGGCCCUCUCCGAGAAGCACCGCAAGGAGUUCGCCGAGAGCGGCGUCGCCUUCUGCCGCGAACACCGCGUCAACGGCCUCGUUGUCACGUGGCACUACCCGGCCAGCGGGGGCGGCCGACCUCAGGACAAGGAGAACUUCGUGCUCCUCCUCAAGGAAAUGAAGACAGCAUUCAACAAAGCAAAGCUUCAACUUGGAGUCGACCUUUCGGUCGCUAGAGAAAUCGUCAUCAACGGUUACAACCUUCCAGAGAUAGCAAAGAACGUGGACUUCAUGACCGUCAACGCCUUCGACUACUGGGGUGUCUGGUCAGGCCAAACUGGUCCCGUCGCCCCGCUGCACGGCUUGUCUGAAACUGACUACACCACCGCCAGCGUGGCGUAUAGCAUCAAUAGCUACCUCAAGACAGGCGUGCCGAGGUCAAAGAUCGUGCUGGCCAUCACCACAUUGGGUCGCACCUGGACGCUGAACGACACCACCAAUGUCGGCUACGGCGCGUUCACCUCGGAAGGCGGCCAGGCGGGCAACUACACCCAGACGUCUGGCGCUCUGGGCUACAACGAGAUCUGCGAAUCAAUGAAGAAGGAUAAAUGGGUUGUUAACUACGACAAAGGUCUGAAGGCCUCCUAUGCGGUGCUGCUUCCGACGUGGAUCAGCUACGAAGAUCCUCAAAGCGCCAAAGACAAGGCUGCAUUCGCACGCGAGAAGCAGCUGGGAGGAAUCGCUAUCGUCACCUUGGAUACGGACGACUUUGGCGGAAACUGUGGAGAUCCCUUUCCUAUCCUCCACGCCGCCGCCAAGGAGUUUCAAGGAACUGAAGACGAAAGCGUCUAGUGAGACUGACAGCUGGGACCAAGCAUAAAACUGAAGCAGUUUUGAAUUUACGCAUCAGGUAUGGCUUGAAAGAAGAUCCAGCAAUCAACUACAGUUAAUGCUGCCAGCCAUUACAAGAUUCGGUACAGGCACCCUCACGAUGGGAAUGCAGUGGCAAUCAAAGCGUUGUUGUUUUGCUUGAUCAGACAAUAAUAUGCUGUAAAAUGAGCAACCCACCAAACUGCUUCAGCUUCAUUAUGGUGCACCAGCUGAAAGCCUUCUGACACAUGGACUUCAUAUGAGAAUGCUUCACUAAGCCAUGAAAGUACAUGCCUACUUGUUUUCUUCAUUUAACUAGGCAGCUUUACAGUCAUACGUUCUAAACAAAAGUGAUAUGCUUGUAAAAAUACUGGAAAAAGCAAUAAACACUCAUCCUGCGGUUUGAUGAAGUUA